UUUGUUCCUCUCUGUCUCUGAGCUACGGGCUGAAUAGGUGAUUCAUGCAUGGUUGGCUUGGCAGCAUGAAAGACGAAAACUUUGUAAAAGAAACAAGAAAAGAAAGAGCUUCUUUCUCUUUUGGAUUAAUACAACAAUGAAAACAAACCCACCGCUUCUCAAAUACUUUCUUCUCUCUCUUUUUCUUUCCCUCCCUCUCCUCUUCUUCUUCUUCUCCUUCCAACCUCAAAAACCCACACCCACCACCAUUCCACCACCUUCCGACUCCGGCAACGAUCUCCGGAUACGACCGGGAUAUACUUCCUACGACUCCUACAUCCAGCGCCAGCUCAACAAGACUCUCAACCCCAAACUACGCAGAAUAUGGACCACUCGUGACUGGGAGCGUAAGAUCCAUGUCUUCUCUAACUUCUUCCUAGAUUUGAAGCAGAAGCAGCUUCUCUCCAAUUACUCCAAAUCGCUUUGCAUCGGGGCACGGGUCGGGCAGGAGGUAGAGGCCCUCAAACGGGUUGGUGUAUCCGACUCCGUGGGGAUCGACCUGGUGCCGUACCCUCCGCUGGUAAUAAAAGGAGACUUUCAUAAGCAGCCGUUUCCAGACGAGACUUUCGACUUCGAAUUCUCCAACGUGUUCGACCAUGCGCUCUACCCGGAGAAAUUCGUUGGAGAGAUCGAACGGACGUUGAAGGCCGGCGGAGUUUGCGUCCUACACGUGGCGCUUUUCAGACGGUCGGAUAAGUACUCGGCGAAUGAUUUGUAUAGUGCGCAGGCGUUAGUGAGGCUGUUCAAGAGAUCGGAAGUUGUUCACGUCCGGAAAGUUGACGGGUUCGGGUUGGACACGGAGAUGGCGUUUAGGAAGAAGAAAGAGUAGGACGUGGAUCCAACGGUCGUGAUUUUUUGAAAUAUUUUUUAUUUAAAAAUUAUUGCAAGGAUGAGUUAUGUGUGCAUAUACGUUGCGUUUAGAUGGACGAUGAUGAUGAUGUCGUCAUCAUCAUCAUCAACAUAAGCUUAUCUUAUUUAAUUUAUUAAUCUCACAGAUUUGUUGUUAGUGUUUGUAUUCAAUCAAA